AUGCUGCAAAUGUUGUUCAGCAAACCCAGAUUCUCCAUGUUGUUCGACAACGUCAACCCAUUCACCGAGGAGGUCGUCGGCGAGUGGAACCUCCCAGACGGCAUCCUCUUGGCCCCUGCUGGAGGGUUGGAAUACCCCGCGAACGAUCCGGCCACACAGUACUACGGUCCUGAUGGUGUGAUCGACUUCACCACCCCCGUCGACGUCUCGGGAUAUUAG